AAUGCAGAACAGAAGCUAAAGAAAGUGGAAGAACUUAAGAGGAAUCUGAGAUGACAGCAGACAUUGUUAACUAUAGCAACAUCACAAAGUGAAGCUGCUGUGAGAGCAAGUUUUAUUGUGGCAGAGGAGAUCGCUAAAUCAGCCCGGCCAUUCAAUGAGGGAGAGUUUGUGAAGAGUUGCAUGAUGAAAGUGUGUGAAGUCUUGUGUCCAAACAAAAAGCAAAUGUAAGCCUCAGCAGAAACACGGCUGUUAAUAGGAUAUGUGAGAUGGCCACUGAUGUGAAAACACAGCUGAUCGAAAAAAGCAAAGACUUCGUUGCCUACUCUCUUGCAGUCGAUGAAAGCACUGACACGACGGACACCGCACAACUCGCCAUCUUCAUCCGUGGAGUCGACUCCAGUCUGAAUAUCACAGAAGAAAUAUUAGACAUAAAGUCCAUGCAUGGGACAACGACAGGAAAGGACAUUUUUGACAACUUAUGUCAAAGUAUCACUGACACCUGCCCUGGGACAAACUUGUCGCACUUACAACAGAUGGAGCGCCGGCGAUGUGCGGCCGAAAGAGUGGACUAGUUGCGAGGAUGCGGUCACAUAUCAAAGAAAAGUGUUGUUAGGAGUUGAUAGCAUAUCACUGCAUAAUACACCAAGAAUCGUUGUGUGCUAAAGUCCUCAACAUGGAGCAUGUAAUGAGCACUGUAACACAAACCGUCAACUUCAUCAGAGCCAAAGGGUUCAAUCCCUGUUUCAGUCCUUUGUGCAGGAAACAUUCACAGUGGGGCGACAGGCCGUAUCACACAGAAGUGAGGUGGACAAGUCGGGGCAAAGUUCUUACUCGAGUUUUUCAGCUGAUUGAGGAAAUCUGUCAGUUCAUGGACAGCAGAGGAAAAGACUCCACUGUCUUGCAGGAGGAAAAGUGGAAAUGUGAGUUGGCAUUUCUGUGUGACAUAACCACUCAUCUCAACGCCUUGAACCUGCAGCUCCAGGGACGGGGCCACUUGAUCACUCACCUGCACGAUGCAGUGAAGGCAUUUCAAGUGAAGUUGGUCUUAUGGGAAACACAAAGGAACCAAUGCAACUUGUUUCACUUUCCUUGCUGCAAAACAGUGAUGGACGAAGUCAGCGCCAAGGUGUUCCCAAAUGCACAUUUUGCUGACAAGCUGAACUCACUUCGUGCUAAGUUCAAACGCCGUUUCAGUAACUUUGAGGUGAAGAAAAACAAUUUCCAACUAUUUCACAACCCAUUUGCCAUCGACGUGGAAACUGCACCUGUGUAUUUGCAGAUGGAACUCAUAGAACUGCAAUGUAAUGAGUGACUGAAGGCAAAGUACGACUGUGUGGGGCCUGCACAGUUCACUCAUUCCCUCCCAAAAACGAUGCCCCAGCUUCGUCUACAUGCGGCUCGAAUCUUGAGCAUGU